GGAGUGCACUGCAGAAGACGCAUAUCCGGGGGCCGGCCCUGGUGCCGGUUCCUGGUGCCCUUGUGGUGACAACAGCAUCUGAGGAAUAAAACACCAGAGAACCAGAGCUCAUGACUGAUCCUUCUGCAGCCAGUCCAGCCUAGGGGUCACCCCGGCACCUCCCUCAGUGACUGGUAUCACAAGGGAGAUUUAGGAACUUGCAAACCUUUCUCUAAGACAUGAAACUUUGGGGGCAAAUACUUUGGACCCUCCUAUCUGGUUCCAGGGGAAGGAGGGGAGCCCCCCAAGGUUGGGCCCUCAACUCAUGGAAGCCUCGUUCAUCUCUGUCUGGGCAGUUGAGUGCCACAGAGGUGGUCAGCCACUGGACACAGGUCUUUGAGCAAAGAGGUAUCCCAGAGGCCCAGGAGUCCAGUGAGUACAUCGUGGCCCACGUUCUUGGAGCCAAAACAUUUCAGAGCCUGAGACCAGUACUUUGGACCAAGCCACUGGCCCCUAAACAACUGCAGUACAUCCAGGAACUGUGUAGUCAUCGAUUACAGAGGAUGCCGGUGCAGUAUAUCCUUGGGGAGUGGGACUUUCAGGGACUCAGUCUGAAAAUGGAACCCCCGGUGUUCAUUCCUCGGCCAGAGACGGAAGAACUGGUUGAAUGGGUUUUAGAGGAAGUGGCCCAGAGACCCCCUGCAGUGGGAGCCCAGGGUGGUCCCCUCAUUCUGGAGGUGGGCUGUGGAUCAGGAGCCAUUGCCCUCAGUCUGCUGAGUCAGCUCCCUGAGAGUCAAGUCAUUGCUGUGGAUAAGGGAGAAGCUGCUGUUCGUCUGACCCGUAAGAACGCUCAGAGGCUUCAGUUGCAGGACAGGAUCUGGAUCGUUCCCCUUGAUAUAACUUCAGAAGGGUGCUGGACACACCUUUUGCCCUGGGGUCCCAUAGACUUGGUGGUCAGUAACCCCCCCUACGUCUUCCACAAGGACAUGGAACAGCUGGCCCCAGAGAUCUGCAGCUAUGAAGACCUGGUAGCCCUGGAUGGUGGUGAGGAAGGCAUGGACAUCAUUACCUGCAUCUUGACCUUGGCUCCCCAGCUAUUGAAUGCCUCUGGAAGCAUCUUCUUAGAAGUGGACCCAAGACACCCAGAGCUUGUCAGCAGCUGGCUUCAGAGCCGGCCCGACCUGCGUCUUAGUCUUGUGGCUGUACGGAAAGACUUCUGUGGGAGGCCCCGGUUCCUGCAUGUCCGGAAGUCUGCAGCAUAGUGUGGCUACUCUGUGAACAGCUGGCCAGGAUUCCAGUCUGCUGGGGGCCUGGCUGGCCCUGCAUGGAAUACUGCUCAGAGGGAGGCAGUAAUGCUGUCCAGAACCACAGGCAUGGCCCAUGGUUCUGUGAUUUCCCAAGAUGGAUGUUGCUAGGAGACUUGGAAAUAAGGAUGGAGUGUUCUUCCUGGGGCAGCAAAGAACAGAGACUCAAGAGCUGGGUUUCAGGCCCAGCUCUUUCUCCUCAGUGUCGCAGGCUACUUGGUGUUCCUGUGGUGAAACUGCUGAGAAGAUGUUGGGAAAUGUGGCCAGUUAAGGACCGAGAGAACAAUAAAUGGUAAACCAGC